AGGUCUCGGGCCCUCAGGCGGGGCGGCGGGCGCCGGACCCCCAGGAGGAGCGACACCGUCUCGGGCCCUCAGCGAGUCGGCGGGGCCGGACCGCUGGCACUGGGUCGACAGGUCUGGACCCUCACUGGGAUCAGGAUUGGCUGGACAGCGGGCAUCGGGUCACCAGGACAUCAGGUCAUUUGGCUCGACAGCGGGCACCGCGUCAUCUGGCAAGGCAGUGGGCUCCGAGUCAACUGGUAUUGGAUCGUCUGGCUGGACAGCGGGCACUGGGUCACCAGGCAUCAGGUCAUUUGGCUCGACAGCGGGCACCGCGUCAUCUGGCAAGGCAGUGGGCUCCGAGUCAACAGGCACGACAGUGAGCACCGGGUCAUCAGGUACCGGAUUGUCUGGCUCGACAGCGGGCAUCGGGUCACCAGGUAUGACAGCGGGCACUGGGUCACCAGGCAUCAGGUCAUUUGGCUCGACAGCGGGCACCGGAUCAGGUACCGGAUCAUCUGGAUCAACAGCGGGCAUCGAGUCAACUGGCCUAAUAGGAUCGUCAGGCUGGAUCAGUUCAUCAUGCUGGGUAGAGGCAUCAGGCUGAAUCGG